UAUGUUGAUAUGAUAUUCAUAGAGUUAGAAGUAUAUAAGCAUCCUUCAUCCACCACCAAUUAAUGCGCUCACCCUCGAUCAUCUCCCCCCAAAACUGAUUCAAUUUUCCAUCUUUAAUCAUCAUCAUCACCAUCACCCAACAAUUCGAUUCGAUCCGACCGAUCAAAAACCAAUAUAAUUAACCCCCCCCUCUCUCUCUCUCUCUCUCUCUCUCUCUCUCUCAUCUCUCUGUUAUCUGAUCAUAUGAUCGAGAAAGAUUAGGCUGAUGACUAGUUGCACAGAAAUGGCCUUCUUCCCAACCAACUUUAUGCUUCAAACUAGUCAUUCUAAUGAAGAAGAAGAUCCCGGCCAUCUCCACAAUAACAAUAAUAAUAAUAAUAAUAAUAAUCAUCCUCCUAUUUCACUCUCACCAUUCUUCCCUCCAUGCACCACCUCCCAUCAUGACUUCCAUGUGUUAGGGAAAAGAUCCAUGUCGACAUUCUCAGGUGGUGGGAUAGAAGCAUCCACAACUUGUGACCAUCAUAAUCAUAAUCAUAAUCAUAAUCACCAUCAUCAUGAAGAAGGAAAUGUAGGAGAAGAUGAUUUAUCAGACGACGGGUCACUUCAACUAGGUGGAGAGAAAAAAAGGAGACUAAACUUAGAACAAGUGAAGACACUGGAGAAGAAUUUCGAAUUGGGAAAUAAGCUUGAACCAGAGAGGAAAAUGCAGCUGGCUAGAGCCCUUGGACUUCAACCUCGGCAGAUUGCGAUUUGGUUUCAGAAUAGAAGGGCGAGAUGGAAGACCAAACAGUUGGAGAAAGAUUACGAUGUUCUCAAGAGACAAUUCGAUGCACUUAAAGUAGACAACGAUGCCCUUCAAACUCUAAACCAUAAACUUCAAGCUCAGGUAAAAUCAUUGAAAGCAGGGGAGGAUAAUCAUAAUCAUAAUCAUAAUCAUCAUAAUCUUCAUCAUCAUCAUCAUCAUCAUCAUCAAUAUCAUAAUCAGACAGAUCAAUCCAUAAAUCUAAACAAACUAGAGACUGAUCAUGAAGAAAGUGAAAGCAGUUCUGAUGUUGUGAUCAUGAAGCUUGACAUUUCCAUGAUGCCUAAUUCAUCUUCAUCAGCAACAGCAACAGCAGCAACAAUAGAGCCAGCAGGAGGAACGAAUAGUAGUAGAGGAAGCUUGUUCCCAGCAGUACCCAUGAUCAAAGCUAUGGGUAAUCAUCAUCAUCAUCAUCAACUAUUUUUACAGGGUCCAUCACCUAAUUCAUCCUCAAAGAACAGAACCUCUGACCAGCAGCUCAAUAAUUACCCCAACAACGAUCCAACGGCUGUUAAAGAAGAGAGCUUCAGCAAUAUGUUCUGUGGCAUCGAUGACCAAACAGGAUUCUGGCCAUGGUUGGAGCCACAGCAUUUCAAUUGAUGAAUAUCACCAUGCAUUCGUAUAAUCAUCAUCAUCAUUAUCAUCAUUACUCAUUAGUACCCACCUUUAUUUAUUUUGAAAAUUAAACCUUGAGAAUUACUUUUAAUAUAUAUAUAUAUUGUAUAAAGUAAGUAUCUUUCUUUCAUAUAAAGUAGCGGUUGUUGUUUCAUCAUUUCAGGCGCAAAGGUACUUUGAUCGAUCUUAUAUUAUAUAUGUUCAAUUUAAUAUGAA